UCACAAGCAUGGCACCAGAGGAUACAAACUUUUUCCUCUACAGUCACCAGCAGCGCAGCAGAGAACGUCACCUCAGAGUCCUCAACAUAUAUUACCUCCACCACAACAAUUGUCAUCAGUAAUUCAACAGUAGUUAGUGACAAGACAACACCAGAAGUUAGCACUAUUAUUUCUACCACAUCUCCUCCUGCAACACCCACGAUCCCAGAUACCCAGAGCAGCCACACAACUACUCCUCAAGCAAACGAAUGUGAAAAUGGAGGAACAUACGAUGGUGUUAAGUGUCUGUGCCUUGACAAUUUAUUCUAUGGGCCUCGGUGUGAAUUUGCUGCUGAUGAGAUCGAUUCGGCUACAUUAAACGUGCCCGUGGAAUUUGCUGCCAAGGUGAAGAUCACCAACAGGGGGUACCUAAAGGAAUACGACGACACAAACUCAGAAGAGUUUAAAAACCUGGAGGCAGAAUUUAAGAAGGAGAAGCAGCCCCCCCCUACAUUCUUUAUUAUCAAACCACAAAAUGGUGGCUCAGCACCUGAGAUGUUGUACUCCCUCCACUGUUGUUUUAGCAAUGGCAGCAUCGACGUGAACUUCACGAUCAUCAUGGAAAUCAAUAUGCCAAACAACGUCAGUGCUAUCGAUAGAGAGAUCGUCAACCGGACACAGGAGCUUGUGAAGCAAUUGGAACACGCCAACGCCAGGAACUGUAGCCAGCAGGACAAAGACUACUGUUUCACUGUUUUAGAGUCCCCCGCUCUGGUUAGAAAUUUUUCGGCAGAAGAUUAUUGCAAAAAUAUCGUCAAGCCUCAAUAUGCAGCCUACUAUUACGCCAAUAUGUCCACGGGAACAUUGCGCUGUAUUACCAACUGCACCAAGGGAACAAAGACCUCCUGGAACUGCCACUAUGGAGAGUGUCGCAUUCGUGAAACAGGCCCCGAGUGCUUGUGCAGUGAUAUGGACAAGUUUUGGUACACAGGAGAUUUUUGCGAGACACGCUUCCAGAAGAGUGAGGUGGGCCUUGGUAUUGGGCUCGCCAUCUUGUUUGUGACCAGUGCUGUCCUGGCUUUCUUCCUCUUCAGAGCCAUGAGGAAGAAAUCUAAAGAGAGCUUCCUUGACGGAGAGGAGCUCUGGUACGUGGAGGAUGAAGAGGAAGAGUGGAAGCCUUCCUCAGGCCUGAGCAUCGUGAAUAAAGCAGCCUGCGAGGGUGGACUUGAAGGCAGAAAACAGGUGUUCAGACCAACUCUUGAUGCAGUAGAUACUGAAAUGCAGCUGCAGUUCCAGAAGCCGGAGGUAACAACCCAGUGUUGAUUCCCACCCUGGGACUCGUUUCGGAUAGUUCUCUUCAGGAGUUGAGGUGAAUGAAGAAACCUAACACCCAACGGAUCGCAACUGGAAGCCCACUAACAGAAAGGCGGGUCUGAUGGCUGGCAGUGGAGUUCAGCAUGCCGGCUUUAAAAAAAUUCUUCCAAAACUGUUUCUUGGAUGUGACUCUCAGCCUAUUACGAAGAAGACCACUCUGUUGAAAUCAGAUCCGUAUAGGAACCAACGAAGAGCACACAUGACUAUUUGCACAAAAAAGAAUCCAUAAACUGUGCUACAAUCCAUGGAGGGAAGGAAACAUCACGGAGUGGUUCAUUCGAUUUCCCUAAGCAAGAUAUGUUGGAGUCCUCAUCUUUAAAUUAUAUGCAGGUGUGGUCAACCAAUUUUUGUGUGUGCCCCCAAUACACCCCUUCUAAUUUGCCAUUUAAAAAAAAAUACAGAGUAAUUCAUAAUGAAGUAUACAGUUUCAACGCGCUACAAAAAAGAAGAAUGUAAUAUAUCUUACGUCAGCUGUAACAGAAUUGUAGGGGAAUGUUGAAAGUUUUUUUAGAAACAGUCACAGAUGCCAGUGUGGUGUAGUGGUUAAGAGCGGUAGUCACGUAAUCUGGGGAACCGGGUUCGUGUCUCCGCUCCUCCACAUGCAGCUGCUGGGUGA